AUGAACUCCUAUAUCCUUGCUGGACGAGGCAACAGACUGCUGUUGCGACUACGAUUGAACGGUCAGCGACGACUCAACUCGACGAAGCCUCAAGAUCGAGCCAAAGAUGUGCCGUCACGUCCAACAACAAUCCCAGGACCUGGAAUGGCAUGGAUUGAGCCAUUGAAAGAGCCGUUUAGAGCAUAUGGUCGCAUGCAACAUCGCUCGCCGUACAUCACACAGCUAUCGACAACGCUAAUCAUCUAUUUCUUGGGUGAUCUUUCAGCCCAGAAAGUUGCCAGCGAUGAACCCUACGACCCCUCCAGAGGUCUACGAGCACUGGUGAUUGGUGGCAUAUCGUCCAUACCAAAUUACAAGUGGUUCAUGUUCCUCGGCAACCACUUCAACUACAAGUCGCAUGCAAGAUCCAUCGCGACCAAGAUUGUCAUCAACCAGACCUUCUUCACACCAUGCUUCAACACCUACUUCUUUGGCAUGCAGAGUCUACUUUCUGGACAGACACUCCAGCAGACGAAACAAAGAGUUAUCGAUACAGUGCCAGUCAGCUGGAAGAACAGUUGGAAAUUGUGGCCGGCUGUUACAGCAUUCAGCUUUACUUUCGUGGCGCCGCAGUACAGAAGUGUGUUUGCAGGAGUGAUUGCUAUUGGAUGGCAGACUUAUUUGAGUUGGCUGAACAUGAAGGCUCAGAAAGAGGAGGACGAGAGGGCUACAGUUUCUCCUGCAAAGGCUCCUGUGACAGCUCCGUCGACAGCUCUUCCUGCUGCAUGA